AUGAAAACCUGCGCUAAGCGAGAGGCGGACAGGAAGACUUUCAUGGAACAGGUGCGUGAGAGCAAGGAGAGUGGCUACCUCCACUCCUCCAGGAAGAUUGGCUCUGGGGCCUUCUCCAACGUCUACCUGGGCUACGCCACCCCAGAGAACCUAAGACAGAAUUACAAGCUGGCCUCAGACCUUCGGAGCAAGCGGCACGCCAUGGUGGCCAUAAAGAUCAUAUCCACAGCCAAAGUCCCCUUGGAAUAGUCCAGAAAGUUCCUCCUGAGAGAAAUCUACUCCCUUAAUGCAACCUACAGGCACAUCAAUGUGCUGAAUACCAGCUGCUUCCCCACCCCGCUGCCUCGAGACCUGAAAUGUGAGACUAUCCUGCUGGAUGAGCGAGGCUUCAUUAAGCUGACAGAUUUAGGGUUUGCCAACCGCUACUCCUUGAAUUCCCUGAUGAGCACGUUCUGCGGCUCUGUGGCCUACACAGCCCCCGAAAUCUUCAUGAGCAAGAAGUACAACGGCGAGCUGGCUGACCUGUGGAGCCUCGGUGUGAUCCUGUACACCAUGGUGACCGGGAAGCUGCCCUUCAAAGAGCACCAGCCUCGCAAGAAGAUCCACCUGAUAAAACAGGGCCCCUCCUUCCGGCCUCUCUUUGUGCCAGAAUGCCAGAGCCUGAGCCAAGGCCUUCUGCAGCUGAAGCCUGGGGCCCGGCUGGGCUUGCAGCAGGUGGCCACGCACCGCUGGAUGCUGCCCGCCACCUCGGCCAUCUUCCACAAGGCACUGAACGCCACGGGCAGGCCCCCGGAGCGCAGCCCAGCCCUGAAGAAGCCGUCCGCCCAAGGCAAGAGCAGAGGCUCCGUCUCUUUGCUGCCAGACCUGGAGAGCUCGGCCAAGCCUCCCGAGGGAACCGCCAAGGGAACCAAAGCCCCUGCAGGCCCUCGCACCUCCUCUGCACAGGACGCCUUCCCCGCCCGAGCCGAGAUGGACGCCAAGGCCCCCGAGCUUAUUUUUGCCGGCUGCCUCCAUCAGCUGCCCUCGCCGUGCCAGGCUGAGCGCUCCCCACGAUUCUCCCUGUACCGGCCCGGCCUGCUCUCCGGCCUCUGGCCCUUCCGCCACCUCCCCAACUUCCGCAAGCCCAGCUCGGCCACCCCGGCCAGCGCCCACGUGGCCAGCCGGCGGCUGGGCGAGAAGAGACCCGCUGCGGCAGCAGCGCUGGGCAGCGGCUCCUCCAAGCCGUCAUCUCCCUCCACUCCAUUUCCAUGA